GAUUUGCUCAUGUUCAGAAGGUGGCAGGGAUUUGGGGAACACGCCUGCCCUCGUUUUGGGCGAAAGCCAGUGGGUGGCUGCGAGUAACAGGUACGAAAUAAAUCUAUACUUAUUAGCACAGCAGUUUGUAUGGCCGAGUGAGUUGCACUUUUCGAGCAAAGUUCCUCCUUGCAAUGGUUCUGUGAGGCCACUUCUUCCCAUUUUGCAGAGGGUGCAACUGAGGUCUGAGGUGCCAGAAGCUGUUGCUCCAUGCCCCACAGAGCCCCAGGCUGGGCGGGCUGAGCUGUAGGCAAAGGGCCCCUAGGAAAGGUCACUUCACUUGCCAUGAUCCUCAUCCCCUAUACUGGGGACACCCCACUUGCAAUUCUAAACAGCCUUGGCCCAGUAGACCUGAAGGAGUGUCUCCACCCCCAUCAUUCUGCCUGGACACAGAGGUCCCGCUCCGAGGGCCUUCUGGCGGUUCCUUCUCUGGCAGAGGGCCUUCUUGGUGGUGGCGCCUGCCCUGUGGAACGCCCUCCCAUCAGAUGUCAAGGAAAUAAACAACCACCUGACGUUUAGAAGACAUCUGAAGGCAGCCCUGUUUAGGGAGGUUUUAAUGUUCGAGGUUUUAUUCUGUUUUUAAUCUGUUGGGAGCCACCCAGAGUGGCUGGGGAGGCCCGACUAGAUGGGCAGGGUAUAGAAUAAUAAUAAUAAUAAUAAUAAUAAUAAUAAUAAUAAUAAUAAUAAUCAACUUCUGUAGGAUUCUUGUGCCUCCCUGGACUACCAAAGACCCUCCAAAGCCAUGCCUGACCCAGAUGACCGGGUCACCUUUUUGGGGUCUCCAGGACCCACUGUUUCCCGCCUGCCCUGCCCUGCCCAGGCUGUCAGGUGUGGGGAAGUUCCCGCAGACACUCACAGGGGCUAGAAACUUGUCCCUUGAGAGCAUUUGGCCGAGGGGGGCUGCCCCCUCCUCCAGCCCCUCCGCUGCCUGAUUCUGCUGGGGUUUGGGGCCUGCCCUGUGGCCAGGGAGAGGGUUACGGCCAGCUUCCCCACCCCCCAGGGAAGGGGAACAAAGGCUCUAUUAUCUUCCCAGCCAGGGACUUCCCUCUAUGUCUCCAGCACCUGCCCUCCUCUCCCCAGGACCAGCCUUGGCCAGACUUCCUGGAACUGAGCCCAGCUUUGCCACACCUGGGACUCCCCGCCCCCCGGGCCCUGAACUCUGGAUCUGGGGCUGUCUGCGGUGACCACUGACCCCUGCAGCCGCUCGGGGCUGCCCUGCUUUCUUCUGCCAGGGCUUACUAUAGAAUUGUGGAGUUGGAAGGGACCCCAAGGGUCAUCUAGGCCAACCCCGUGCGAGGCAGGAAUCUGCCUCCGUCUGAGACCCUGAAGAGCCACUGCCAGCCUGUGCAGACAGUGCAGAGCAGGGUGGGCUUAUUAUGACUCUGUAUAAUUAAUAAGGUGCAGAGUUGAACUACGGAACUCCCUCCCACAGGAGGCAGGGAUGGUGACUGGCCCAGGUGGGCAGAUUCAUGGAGGAGAGAGGGCUGUUGGGCGCUGCUAGCCAGGGUGGGGAGGGGAGUUGCUCUUGUGUUUGUAUCCUGCCUGUGGGUUUCCCUUUGGGGCAACUGGUUGGCAUAGGCGCCAACUCUAGGGGGGCCUGGGUGUCAGGGCACCCACCACUUUUUGGGGUGGUGGGUGCUCAGCCGACACAACUUCCGGUUUUGACUUGCAUCCGAGCCCCGACUCAACCUCCCUGGCGACGUUUGAGGCUGUGCCAGGCCUCCCAACAUGACUUCUGGUAUAAACUGGGAGUUGCGACGGAGGUCUCGCAAGGCCUUGGAAGGCCCUGCGCCGCAGCCGACAUAAUGUGACAUCACGAUGUCAUGACCUCAUGUUACGUUGGCAGCACCAUUGGGCAGCCAUACCCUGGUGCCUAAGUCGGUGCCCCUGCUGGUUGGUCACUGGGAGAACAGGUGGCUGAAUUAAAUGGGCUCCCUUUGGCCUGAUCCAGCAGCCUCUCCUCCUGUUCUUCAGAUGCUUUCCAUGGCCCAGGCCGAAGCCCACCCAGGGACUUUGGGUGCCAAUGCUGGGUGGGGUCAGAGGGGUGGGCGUGGAAGCCUGGACUUCUACCCAACCCCCCAAGUGAGGCUUGAAGACUUUGCAUCCUCUGUUUUCCGUUGCAAUUUUUUUUGCACGCAGCCGCCGAGCAGCGUUUUCAGUCCCGUCCAGAAUUAAGGCGUGCUGCAUUCAGACAUGGUCCCUCCUUUUAUUUUUAACCCGCCUGAAAUAACCGCUCCUUCUAUUUCCAGCGCCCAGCCUGUGUGUGUUGUUGCUUGUGCAGCCAAAACAGGGUCGCAUACUGCGCACCAAAGGGCAGGAGAGGUGGCGGCAGGCUGGAUGGGGCCCUGCUACUUUGUGGAAGUGCCAGGAAUCUGGGGGGGGGGGAAGCUCACAGACCCUGUCUCCCCAAAAACCCUGUGGUCAGCUUGCUGUGAUUCCUGCAUUGCAGGGAACUAGACAACCCUUGGGGGGGUCCCUGCCAACUUUACCAUUCUGUGACUCUAUGAGGACUGAGCAUGCUCAUUGGAGAGAGCCAGGCGUGUGUUUGUGGUGGAGUAUCGCGGUGGAGAGGGGCAUGGGUGGUUGACUGGAACCGUGACCAGGAGCAUUGCACGCUGCAACAUUUUGUUGCAGCUCUGACCGGUCCUUUCUGCUCCGACACUGCCGCCUUCUUUCCUAGAGGCAACAGCAGAAGUUUAAGGGGUUCUGGGAAGUCUCCACACAAGUCCAGAAGGAGGAUUUGCAUUUAGCCUGGAACAAGGAGCCUGGCUGUGCUCCUUGUCCCAGCAAGUGGAAUGCUUUCCUCCAGGUGAUGAGGCAUUUCCUCAUUAGAUUAGGCCUGAUUCAGCUAACAACUCCCCGGAAUGACAGCACAGCAGGGCUGGCGUUUCCCUGCAUGUCUGUUUAAGACUUAUUUAUUCGAAUUGUAUUUUUUUUUGCACUGUUUAAAAACAAACCAACCAAAAACAUACGAACUGUUAAAAUACUUUGAAACAAGUUAAAACUUGCGUCAACUUUCUCAGCAUCUAGGUAGGCUUGUCUCAAAAGGGAUAUUUUUAGCAGGUGCCGAAAAGGAUGCAGUGAAGGCUGGGUAUCAAUUGGCAGGGAGUUCCAAAGGGUAGGCACCUCAAAUGGUCGGGUCCUUACAAAUACCCAGUUGGGUAUAUUAUGUGGCACCUGUAUCUGGGCCAAUUCCGCCAAUCAAAGAGGCUGAGUGGGCACCUUGGGGUCAGGCGAUCUUGCCGGUCCCAAGUUGCUAAGGGCUUUAUCGACUCACGGUAACUCCUUGAACUCGGGCCCAGUAGCAAAUGGUCAGCCAAUGAAGACCUCUGAGCGCAGGUGUUCUGGCCUCGCUCCCGGCUCCCGCCAGCAAUUGUGGGGCAGCGUUCUGUCUUAUGUCAUUGCCUUGAGAAUUGCGACCGGCGUGGUGAACUCUGGAGGCUGGCAGCCAGAGAUAUGCCUGGCCCUUCUCGUAACAGAUUUACGAGGACUUGGGUUCACCUGAAGCCACAGAGGGCAGACAGAAGGAAAUCCGCCACGCAGCUCACCUUAAUUCCCUCUUAUUUCUGAUGUUCAGGAGCGAGUGGCAAUCCUUCUGUAGCCAAAAGGGCACCGUUGCCACCCACUCACAAGAGGGAAGUAUUAGCAGGCUUGGCAGAGCCCCAAAAUUGGCAGACGGACAAAGAAUCUAGGGGGGGGGGGAGCACCUCAGGGUGCUGGGAGUCCCAAGGCAGCACAAGAGUCCUGCUGGAAAACAGACAGCAAUUGUGCUGCUCGGCGGAGGCUGGAUCUUACGAAGGUGGGUGCUGCCACCUUCCUGGUGGGGUGUGUGACUGCCCAUGGAAGGGCAGCCGCCUUGGCACCCGUAGAAAUCCUCUUCCUCUUCAUCUCAGUCACAGAGCGCAGCCUCAGGUUGCACUCUGCCCAUGCCCAGAGGCUCUGUGCGCUCUCUUACUUGAAAGGUUCCAGGGCUGUGUCUUGGUGGGUCUUCCUGGUGCUGUGGGGUGGGGUGGGGGCAGGCAGGACUCCUGGGUUCUGCCCAGCUCUCUUUGAUUGACAGAUAUUCUGGGGGUGGGAAGGAAGUUGCAUUCUAUGCUUUCUAAUACAAGGCCCUCACAGGCAGACACAGGUGAGCAAUUGGCAUCAUCCGGUAUCAUCUUUCGGGAGCCUGGGCAGGUUCUUAGCAGUUGCACCCUGAAGCGGCGCCACGCGGGGCCUUAUUUGCAUUGGCCCCAGCAGAAUGAGGCAGCAGGAGAGCAGACUGUACUAUUUCGGGCUGCAGGGGAGGAAGUCCCAUUUUAAAUACACCCUGGUUUAAAAACGAAACAAGCCAACGCUUUCAAGCUACAGCCUCCAGCCCAAAAGCACACCUUGCGCCUCAGGGAGAUGGUUCGACUUGAAAGUUCCUCCUGAUGUUUAGUCGGAAUCUCCUUCCUUGUAGUGUUAAACUAUUGGGUCCGACGCUCUGGAGGAGCGCCAGAAAGCAAGCUACCUCCAUCUUCCAUUUGGCAGCCGUUUAGAUAUUUCAUAGACUCACAGCAUCGCACGGCGGGUUGACUAGAUGACUCUUGGGGGCCCUUCCAAACUCUAAACUUCUAGGACUCUGUGAGUCGCCCCUCUUGGCCAUGGCAGGUGUGAGCCCCUCUCCUUUUUAUGCUGUGGCCCCCAGUUCCUGGCCGACGGGGUGGUGGAGCUGCCUCACCGAGGGGGCAGGCAUGCCGAGAUGGCUCAGUUGGUAGAGCAUGAGACUCUGAAUCUCAGGGGCAUGGGUUCGAACCCCACAUUGGGCAAAACGUUCCUGCGUUGCAGGGGGUUGGACUGGAUGACCCCCAGGGUCCCUUCCAGCCCUGGAAGUUUCCCAAAGGAGGCAGACAACCCUGCCGGGCGCUGUGUGCGUAACCGGUUGGCACCGAGAGCCCUGGAGACGUUUGAGAGAGUGGUGUGUUCUUCUGCUUGGCACCAAGCACACUCCACAGUCUCCGAGCCCAUCCUGGAGGCUCCUACGAGGAGGGAGUUUGCUUUGUGGGGGGCAGCUGUGCCAAUCUUGGACUGCUUUGGUCGAGGAAAAGGCAGAGCGACCCCUAGAGCAGCUUCAGGGCUGCCUGGCGAGGUUGGCUGCGAUGUCUGCCUUGGUGCCAAGCUCCGGCCGGGUGUGUCUCCUUGGGCAUGUGGCCCUGGGCUGCCUUGAGCGCAGCAGGGGACGUUGGCCAGCUCUCUGCCACGUGGGCUCCGGAGUGUGCCUGUUUUUUGUGUGAGAGUGGCUUUCUCCUCCUUCCCUCCAGGCCUGAGUCUGGGAUGAGGGGCUGGCAGCAGCCGGGCUCCCUCCCUCCCUCUCCCGGCCGGUGGGAGGGAGGGCCGGGGCCUGGAAGAGGCGGCCCCUGGCGCAAGGGAGCAGCCAGCAGGCGGAGGAGCUUGCAGGGGCGGCUCUUGGAAGAGGAGCCCAACCAGGAAUGCUGGGCUGGAGGGGAGAGGCGGAUAGGGGGCCAGGCAGUUUCCUGUCUAUGGGGGGAAGACGCUUGCAGCUGGAGCAAGGCGCAUGGGGGGCCUGAGAGGGAGAAGGAGCCCCGCUGAGGGGCAGGAGCUCGGCCGGGGGCGCAGAAUCUGCUGACGGAGGCCUGGGCAGCAGCAGCAAGAGGCCAGGAGCCCGGGGGGGGGGCUCCCUGCCCCACCCCACCCCACUCCACCCCACAGGCAGGCUGGAGACCUCUGCUGCUCCACGCCAGCUCUCCGGGUGCAGGCGGCACGGUGUUUCCUGGUGUCAGAAGCGGCCCGAGCCGUGCCCAGAUGGGGGCCCUGCAAGGGGCCCCUGGCCCUGCCGCCCUGGGGCGCUAGGGGUGCCCUCCGGCUUCCUGCACCCCACAGAGGAGGCACCGGUGAGGGAGAGGCUGCUUUGCCAAGAUGCAGGACAAACUCCGCAUCCUGGAGGACCUCAACAUGCUCUACAUCCGACAGAUUGCCCUCAGCCUGGAGGGCACCGACAUCCAGAAGAAGAUCGACCAUGAGAUCCGCAUGCGCGAAGGCGCCUGCAAGCUCCUGGCGGCUUGCACCCAGCGCCAGCAGGCCCUGGAGGUCACCAAGAGCCUGCUGGUCUGCAACAGCCGCAUCCUGGCCUACAUGGCCGAGCUGCAGCGCAUGAAGGAGGCGCAAGUCAUGCAGAGGAUGGCCAGGCGCCCGUCAGACGCUGGUCCCGUGGACGACCGACUCCCCUGCCGGGGCAGAGUCUGCAUCUCAGACCUCCGGAUCCCACUGAUGUGGAAGGACACGGAAUAUUUCAAGAACAAGGGCGAGCUGCAUCGCUGCGCCGUCUUCUGCCUGCUUCAGAUCAGCCCGGAAAUCUACGACACGGAGAUGGUGCUGGUGGAUCGGACCCUGACCGACAUCUGCUUUGAGAGCACCAUCCUCUUCACGGAGGCCGGCCCGGACUUUGAGCUGAAGGUGGAGCUGUACAGCGCCGGCUUGGAGGAGGACUCUGCCCUGGGCAGCACCCCCAAGAAGCUGGCCAGCCGCCUGAGCAGCUCGCUGGGGCGCUCGUCCGGGAAGAGGGUCCGAGCCGCCCUGGACGGGGUGCCUGGGAGCCCCGUCAGCAAUGGGGGGAGCAGCCCCCUCCAGCUGCCGGCCCCCAGCGUGGCGGGCCCCAAGUACCAGCUGCUGGCCUGCACCACCCUGCGCCUGACCCACGUCCAGGACGCCUUUCGCACCCACGACCUCGCUGUCACCGGGAAUGAGGAGAGCUCCUUCUGGCUUCCCCUGUAUGGCAGUGUCUGCUGUCGCCUGGCAGCCCAGCCCAACUGCAUGCUCCGCCAGGUGAUGUGUGGCUUCCUGAAGGUGCAGCAGGGGGAGCAGCAUCAGGGCUGGCUGAGACUCUUUUGCCUCCUGCGGGGCUCCAACCUCUUCUGCUACCGGCACCCCAAAGAUGUUGAGACGCAGGAGGAACCGGCCUUCACCAUUGCAAUCAACAAGGAGACGCGCAUCCGAGCCACAGAGAAGGACCCCAAGAACCAAUUGCACACCAUGUCCGUGACGAACCGCUAUGGGGGGGAGGAGGUGACCCACACGCUCCUGGCCGAGUCCCGAUCUGAGACGCAGCGCUGGAUGGAAGCCUUCUGGCAGCACUUUUACGACAUGAGCCAGUGGAAGCAGUGCUGCGAUGAGCUCAUGAAGGUGGAGGUCCCUUCCCCACGGCGCCCUCCGGCCCUCCUGCAGAAGCAAGGCUCGCUCUACCACGAGAUGGCUAUUGAGCCAGCGGACGACAUUGAGGCCGUGACGGAGAUCCUGGCCCGGCGCUUUUCCGGCCUUGGCCCCCCGCCGUGGCUGUCCCUCUUCGAAGGGUCGUCCUGCAGCGCAGCGUCCGACAGCGACAGCGGCUCCAGCGCCAGCCCGUGCCCCCUGCCCCGCCCCCCUUGGGGCCGGCCCCGCACCCUCUCCCUGGAUGCCAAGCUCAGCACCCUGAAAGGACGCUCGGGGCGCCCGCCGGGGCCCCCUCCGCCCCCCAGGGCCAGGGGCCCCUCCGCCUCCAGCUCCUCCUCCAGCAGCAGCGGCAGCCCCACUCCGGAGCCCGAGCGCCCCCCUCGGCCCCACGCCCGGCCCAGGUUUGACCCCCGCUUGUGGCUGCAGUCCCAGGUCUGAGGACGGAGGGCGCUGGGACCUCCAGAGGUCCGCUAGACUGGAAGCAGGGGCCUGGGAGGGGGGCUGCAGGAGGUUGGAGCAGAGGGCCCUGAUGUCAAGCUCCAGGCCCCCACCUAACAAGCCAUCCUCACUUCUGGACCAGCUGCCCCCCACUUGGGGGUCACAGCCUGUUGGGGAGACUGGAGCACUCCUAUGCCCCAUUCCCAAUUUGGGGGUGGGGUGGGUGGGUGGCUGUGUAACCGUCCUGACCUACAAGUCUCCUCUUCAGCAGGGGAGAAAAGCACCUUUUUCCUUUGAGAAACUGGAACAAUUUGGGGUGGGGAGAUGAACGCAAAAGGGGAGGGGGGGUCCGGUUGGCAUCUCCCCCGCUUGAAGCAGGAGCUCAUUCAUAUUGGUUCCUUUGUGCAAGCCCCCCCCCCAACUUCAACACACCCAGCAGUGGCCCAGCAUGGCCCCAAAGAUCAACCCCCCCCGCCUACCUUGCCCUCCAAUAGCCCCCCCGUUUUUCUAACGCUCCCCCUGAGUUUCAGGGAUAUGUGCCAAUUCAGGAGGUGAGGGGUGGUGCUUGCUGCCAACUAGGCAGGCGUGACCCCCCCCUCCGCAUCUGUGGGGCGGGGGGCAACCCUGCCUUUACCUUGAAUAUGCAUUAAAAUGUAUUUAACGA